CACACUCAAAUACCAUCUACAACACAACUCCUCAAGCUUUCAAGUUCUCAUCCAACAACCGCCCAAAAUGACUCGCGCCUGCUUCCCGGUCCCCGGCGAGCCCAACCAGGCCUACUUCUUCCACGGCGCGACCUACGCCAAGAUCAAGUUCACCCCCAGCACGAACGAUGACGAGGUCAUCUUCGGUCCUACCGAUAUCGCCAAGGAGUGGAAGACCCUUGUCCAAGCCGGCUUCAGCACGGUAGACGCCGCUCUCCCGGUCCCGGGCAAGCCCGACGAGGUGUACUUCUUCAGCGGCACCCGCUACGUCCGCAUCAAGUUCGUGCCCAGCUCCCCCGAGGAGAGCAUCGUCUUCGGCCCGGCCAACAUCGCCGACCACUGGAAGUCGCUCAUCAAGGCCGGCUUCCAGACCGUCGACGCCGCCUUCCCCGUGCCGGGCCACGAGGGCGAGGCCUACUUCUUCAGCGGCGCCAACUACGCCAAGAUCAGGUUCACCCCGAGCUCCGACGACGACGUCGUCACCUUCGGCCCCACCAACACGGCCGGCCAGUGGAAGACGCUGAACGAGGCCGCCUUCGACACCAUCGACGCCGUGCUGCCCGUCCCCGGCAAGCCGGGCCAGGCCUACUUCUACAGCGGCAGCCAGUACGUCAAGAUCGAGUUCGUCCCCAGCAGCGGCACCGAGAAGAUCGCCUACGGCCCUGCCCGCCUCUACAAGCUGUGGAAGUCUCUUGCCUGGGGCUGGUAAUCAAUGCCGUUCUGCGGCCCGAUGGUAUGGUCGGAAGGGGGCAUUGCGUGGACGGACUGGAUUUGUUCACCCCAUGUCACUUCCUGUACCUAGCCUCUAGAGUAGUGUGAUAGCUUUGCUUAGUUGACAAUGUAAC